UAUUAUCAUUAUUAUUAUUUUUUUUUGUAACAAUUUUACGUGAAGUUUGAAUUUUGGGGUCUUCAAGAUUGAAAAAACAGAAAGAAAUCAAAAGGGUAUGUGAGAUUCAAUUGGGUGGGUUUUGGUUUUGGACACAGCUGAUUUUGCUGGUUUCUGAAGUAUGCUUUUGCUGGGGCUUCUUAAUCAAUCACUGAUCACUAAUCAGUCCUUAAGAAAAGCAUAAGCUUAUGUUUCCUCUAAUUUGGAUUCUGAUGAACGUUUAAGAGAUCAUUUACUUAUCCUCUAAAACUGUAUUUUUCUGGUGAUUUUCCUCUGCAUGGGGUUCUGAAAUAUGAUACUUAGAAUUCGCUUUUGAAGCCAAGCAAAAGAUGGACAAGAAAGAGCAUAUUGCAAUUUUUACUACUGCUAGCCUUCCAUGGUUAACAGGAACAGCUGUGAACCCUCUGUUUCGAGCUGCGUAUCUCUCCAAAAGUGGGGAAAGAGAUGUCACCUUGGUGAUCCCUUGGUUAUCUUUGAAAGAUCAAGGAUUAGUAUAUCCCAACAAUAUUACAUUUGCUUCACCCUCAGAGCAGGAGAAGUAUAUCCGUCAAUGGCUUGAGGAGAGAAUUGGAUUUACAUCUGGUUUCAGCAUACAGUUUUAUCCAGGAAAGUUUUCUAAAGAUAAAAGGAGCAUUCUUGCUGUUGGAGAUAUUUCAGAAAUCAUCCCUGAUGAAGAUGCAGAUAUUGCUGUUCUGGAGGAGCCUGAACACUUAACAUGGUAUCACCACGGGAAAAGAUGGAAGACUAAAUUCAGGCUAGUUAUUGGAAUAAUUCACACUAAUUAUUUGGAAUAUGUGAAGAGAGAGAAGAAUGGAGGUCUGCAAGCAUUUUUUCUGAAAUAUUUAAACAACUGGGUUGUUGGUAUAUACUGCCACAAGGUUGCAGCUUUAUGUGCUCAACUUAGCCAAGGGAAUAUCAUUAUCAUCCAAGUAAUUAGAUUAUCUGCUGCCACCCAGGACUAUGAUGGUUCCAUCGUAUGUAACGUUCAUGGAGUUAAUCCGAAAUUCCUUGAGAUUGGCGAGAAAAAGAGGGAGCAACAACAGAAGGGAGACCAGGCCUUUACCAAAGGCGCCUACUUUAUUGGGAAGAUGAUAUGGAGCAAAGGCUACAAAGAACUGCUUCAACUUCUUAAAAAUCAUCAAAAGGAAUUAGCUGCUCUCGAGGUUGAUUUAUUUGGCAGUGGAGAAGACUCGGAUGCAGUUCAAAAAGCUGCAAAAAAGUUGGAUCUGACAGUUAGAGUUCACCCAGCUCGUGAUCACGCUGAUGUUCUGUUUCAUGAUUACAAAUUGUUUCUUAAUCCAAGCACAACAGAUGUGGUUUGCACAACAACGGCAGAAGCUUUAGCAAUGGGCAAAAUUGUUGUGUGCGCCAACCAUCCCUCAAACGACUUCUUCAAGCAGUUCCCUAAUUGUUGGACGUUCGAUGACAGUGAAGGAUUUGCUAAACUCAUACUUAAGGCACUGGCGGAAGAGCCGGCGCAGCCAACGGAUGCUCAGAGACACGGCUUAUCUUGGGAGGCCGCCACAGAACGGUUUCUUAAGGCCGCUGACCUGGACAAGCCAUUAGAGAGAAAAUUGUCAAGAAGUUCUUCAAACUUUAUGGCUGCCUCAUUAAAUUUGCAACAGAAAGUAGAUGAUGCAUCAGCAUUUGUACAUCAUGUAGCUUCUGGGUUUGAAAUAUCAAGAAGAAUCUUUGGUGCUGUUCCAGAUAGCUUGCAGCCAGAUGAAGAGCUACGCAAGGAGCUUGGGUUGACUAAUGCUGCUAGGAGACAAGGUUGAAGAUAAAUGAUAUUGAGGUGCUGUGAUAUGGACACUUGUAGAGAUUCUUCGUUUAUUUUUGUUCCUAGAAGAUAGUGUUUAGUGCAAGUAGUCUCUUUCUAGUCAUGUUGGAAAAUGUUUGGUGCUUGGAAUAGUUAUGUAAAUAAGGGCAUUCCUAAACUGUCACAUUUGUAAGGUCGUCUAUCAUUGUUCUUGAUUUUCUGUAGGAGAUUUCAGCUAUAGAUUACAAACAUUAUUAAUCAAUAAUUAAAUGAAAUAGUUAUUUAAAAUAAUAAAAUUAAUGAUUUUCAU